AUGGAUAAAAAGAAAAGAGGACGUCAAAAAUCACUGGUAUCUCGUCUCCAGCUUACACCAGAGAAUACUAAAGUACCACAUAUGGUUGAAGGAAAGUUUAUUAAGCCCAAACAAGCUUCUAUGGAAGAUGUGAGACCGCUGGCAGUGAGAUUCUAUCAUUUUUUAAUUUGUACACUGAGUAGCAGUUGCUUGUUAAUUUCUAGUGUUUUAUAUAAUUUUUUUUUUAUAUUGAUUUUACAAACAAGUUUUAUACAAUACAAACAAAUAAAAAGACAUACAAACAUGUAUAGUUUCAUAACCUUUUUUUCAUAACCCUCUCUUCUCGGACUCCCCCAAACCUCCCCUUCCUACAUCCCAAUUUCCAAAAUUAUUUCAGCAAAUUCUAAAUAAUGUUAUCAAAUAUAUUUUUCUUAUUUUUUUUUUUUCUUCAACUUAAUCUUAUGUCGCUGUAAUCUCCUUUUCUUUCUCCAAACCUCGACAUUUUAACAUUCCUCAAUUUUAUAAUAGUUCUUUAGAUAGAUUUUAAAUUUCUUCCAAUCUUCUUCCACCGUCUCUUCCCCUGCUCACGGAUUCUGCCAGUCAUCUCAGCCAAUGUCAUAUAGUCUAUAACCUUCAUCUGCCACUCUUCCAAGGUGGGUAGUUCUUCUGUCUUCCAAUACUUUGCGAUGAGUAUUCUUGCUGCUGUCGUAGCAUACAUAAAAAAAGUUCUGUCUUUCUUUGAUACCAAUUGGCUGGCAAUGCCCAAGAGAAAGGCCUCUGGUUUCUUCAGGAAAGUACAUUUAAGUACCUUUUUCAUUUCAUUAUAUAUCAUUUCCCAGAAAGCCUUAAUCUUUGGGCACGUCCACCAAAGGUGAUAAAAGUACCUUCAGUUUCUUUACACUUCCAACACUUAUUAUCAGGCAAAUGAUAAAUUUUGCUAGCUUGACUGGAGUCAUGUACCACCUAUAGAUCAUUUUCAUAAUAUUUUCCUUUAUGGCAUUGCAUGCCGUAAAUUUUAUACCGGUGUUCCACAACCAUUCCCAGUCAGCAAACAUAAUGUUAUGACCAAUGUCCUGUGCCCACUUAAUCAUAGCUGAUUUAACUGUUUCAUCUUGUGUAUUCCAUUUCAGCAGCAAAUUAUACAUUCUUGACAAGUUCUUAGUAUUGGGUUCUAACAGUUCAGUUUCUAAUUUUGAUUUCUCCACCUGGAAGCCAAUUUUCCUGUCUUGUUUAUACACCUCCAUUAUUUGAUAAUAAUGGAGCCAAUCUCGUACUUUGGGUUUCAAUUUCUCAUAGCUCUGUAGUUUCAACUUAUCUCCAUCUUAAUUUCUAGUGUUUUAUAGUAUGUUCUUUUAGUGGCUUAUCUGGAAACAAGCAGUAGCAAUGCAUUUAAAAUUAAGGUGUUUUAAUUGUAAGUAAAGCAAAGCUAGUUCCCUUGCCAAAUGUAAGAUGUUAAGUUACUGAUGAGACAUAAACUGGAGUUUACCCUGCACAAGCUGAAAUGGAUUCAUGUGAUUGGACUAUCUAGUGGAAUGGUAUCUAAUGACUUGUGAUGAACUGUAUUAUUCAUAUUCCAGCUAUAGUCUUUCCUGGAGAAGAUGAGCUGCAAUGUCUUCUAUAUGGACUGCACUCAGAGAUGGUCUGGAAGAUUCAAUUGGUCUAAAAUAUGGCAGACUGACUUUUGUCUGGUGCUCACAGGUUGGAGCAUAUAACUCCAAUCUCACUGAGGCUUCACUAGCUUUCUUUUUGUUUUCCAACACAAUUCAUAGUGCCGGUUCUAGCUUUUCCCAUAUAGCCAUAAGUAGUUAAGGAGCAGGUAACCUUCAGGACCUAAGAUCAAACUCAGAGGCCUUUUCAUGAUAUGGUAUUCAGAUCGUGAGCAUGAGAGUCAGAUGUUUCUGUGGAGGUUCUAUGGUUCUGGAAUAUUCUUCCAGCUGAAAACUAUCAGAAUCUCUCUGUUUCAUCAAAACUCAUGUUUCAAUGUACCUUUAAUAUGAAAACAUUUUGUUCAGCUCUGCUUCACUUGCUGUUAUACCGUAUUUACGCAAAUCUAAUGCACCAUCGAAUCUACUGCGCGCCUCAAAUUUCAAAACCUUGAAACCAAAAAGGUAUUUGCUAGUGAAUGUAAAUAUGCCAUCAAAUCUAAUUCGCAUCCUAAUUUUCAUGACGUAAUUUGGCCAAAAUAGGUGUGCAUUACACCCAAGUAAAUAGAGUAAGACUUGGGGUGAGCAUAGUAUUCCUAUGUUCUUCCCUGUCCUCCUCAAAAAAUUAUCUGUGCAGUACGUCUGAGAGACUUGAUUUCAGCACUGAUAUAAACAUGCGUGCUUUCCCUUUAUACUAUCUUGAGCAGGGAUGUAGUUUGUUUUUUAAAAAAUGUGCUCUUGAAUGAGAAUGAGUAUCCUAGAACAGGUGGCAUAACUGUAGUGAAUGGUUGACUAUACAGUGGUACCUCGGGUUACAUAAGCUUCAGGUUACAUACGCUUCAGGUUACAGACUCCGCUGACCCAGAAAUAGUACUUCGGGUUAAGAACUAUGCUUCAGGAUGAGAACAGAAAUCGUGCUCCGGCAGCAGCAGGAGGCCCCAUUAGCUAAAGUGGUGCUUCAGGUUAAGAAGAGUUUCAGGUUAAGAACAGACUUCUGGAACGAAUUAAGUACUUAACCCGAGGUACCACUGUAAUGCUAAAGUGCAUAAUCAGUGGCGCCAUCUAUAGGGGCUACAGCACCCACAAUAUUUUGUGCUGUGAAAAAAAACUGGGCCCUGAGGAAGUGCUGUCCCAGGCCCAGCUUUUCUUACGGUGCACAUGCAUGCAUGCUGCGUUGCGAAGUUAUGGCAUGCAGUGCAGCACGUUGUGCACCCACAGUCAGGGAUCUAAGUUGGUGCCCUUGUGCUUAAUGUUGGCUACAUUGCCUUUCAUUCCAGUUCUGACACAGUAAUGUUGUCACUGGUUUUUCUUAUCCAGUUGUUUCCAGCUGGGAUUCCUCCUUCUUUUUAAAAAUAUUUUUUAUUAAAUGUUUAACAACAAGCAUCACUUUUCCAAAAUAAGAGCUAUAAAACAGCAACUUAAAUUUCCAUAAUAGUAACCACACAAUAACUGAUUUGGUGUUAUGUCAGUAAAAUAUACAAGAUCAUAAAAGAUUGCGACAAACUAAGCAAAAGACAAACAAUAUAUAUUAAAUCAUGAUACAUAUAAAAAAUGAAACACACCCAAGAUAAUAGUGCAAAAUCUUAAAAUAUAUACUGCUUUGAGAUGGAUUGAAAUGAUAUAAAUAAUUAAACUUUUAUUCAAAAUAUUCAUAUGGAGACAGCACCACCUAGUGAUAUAAGAGAUGUUAUAAAAAAUAGGGGAGCCUAGUUCACCAAAAAGGUGGGGGGAGGGUAGGAAAGUUAUGUCAACCAUACAGUACAAACAGCUGUUGCCAGAAGAUUGCCAUAUUCGGUUGUACUCAUAAAAUCUAUACGGUCUACCCAAGGUGCAGUAAAAUUGUCUUCUUAAAUUUGUCCUUGUGCGAGUCUAUGGUUGCCAUACAUCCAGGAAAUCCCGGACAUGUCCUCUGAGGGGGGGGGGGGCAACAUGCCCAUCUGGAGAGAUUUUUACAUUUCAAUGAAAAUGUCCGGGUUUUAGGGGGUGGGGUUAAAUUUAUUUAUUGCCUCAGGUGGCUCUGCAUGCCGUGGCUGCUGCCAGCCUGAGCCGGGGAAAGAGGUCCACGGGUUUGGCAGCUCUGUGCACCUGCACACCUAGAGGUGCACGGGUUUGGCAGCUCUGUGCACCUGCACACCUCUUUCCCUGGCUCAGGCUGGCAGCAGCUCAGGCUGUCCUCUUUUUUGCUCUUCAAGAAAUGGCAACACUAUGCAAGUCUCAAUCUAUUCACCAUUUUUUCCAGUAAUGCAAUCUGCCAUACCUCUUUAUACCAGUUUGUAACAUUCACUCCUUCCAGGUUUCAUCUGCGAUUCCAUCUGAGCUUCGCACAGCUGUUUACAGAGCAGAGGGCUCAAAAAAACACAAAGUCAAAGCAGAAGAAGGCAAAAUGGGUUUUGCAUAUGUGUACGUAAACUUUCUAUUGUCUACGUUCUGCUUAGGAUUUAGCUUGUUGUUCUUUUCCUCUUUUUAACUGUUCCUCCUCUUUUUUUAUUUGAUAGUGUGUCUCUGUAAAGCGCAAGCAGGGAGCUGAUCUAUACAGAAGGAAUUUAGUAGUAAGCUGGCCAUCCAUCACCUUUUAGUGUCUCUUAGUCUCUUAGAUUUAUAUCAGAUACCAUUACAGUAUCUGGAUUCAAGAGUCUUUCAGACUCUUAGCUCUGGUCAGCACUGUUUCUUAAAACAUAGAUGUAGCAGACUAUUCAUUUAUUUCAGUGAUCAAUGAAAGUAUUACUUAAGGGAAACAGAUCUGUUUAUCUAAAUAAUAUAUGCAUUCAUAUAAGCUUCAAAAGACACAAACACUGGAUGGAGCUAUUUUGGGAAAUGCAUGUUUCCAAACCUGCAUUUCUCGUGAUAACAGGAAUGUGAGGAUGAUGGCAUUACUUACAGGAGAAAAUUGUUGGGAGGAUUGGAGGCUGAACUGCUUCCUGGGCUUGCUAUUCCCUCAAAAUGCUUCUCCAUCCAGCUAUUCCCCCCCCCCCCAGCUGAGAUGGUUUUGGAGUGUGGCUGGGAGAAAAAUAAUUAAAAAUGGAUGGGGAAGAGACAUUGGCAAGGGAGAUUAGAAUGGAGGGGGGAGAUUAAGCACACUUUCUGCCAAUCAGUUUCCCCUGUAAGUGUCUCCUUGUUCCCCACAUAAGCAUUAUGAGAAAACAUGAGAUUGGCAGCAUUCAGUUUCUUCAUAGUUCUUCAUAAUAAAUUGCUUCACCCCUCCACUGCUGCUGGAACAUAAGCCAUGGUUUGCCUGAGUGGUUACCCAGACUUGUGGUUUGUCUCUCUCCAAACGAACGCAAGAGGUGUAACCAAGAUUUAUUCUUCCCACUUGUGAUUUGUUUGUGGGAACCAAACCACAAGUUUAGGUUUCACUGUAAUGCUAAGUCAACUCUAGGUAGUACAGCAGCAGGAGGAGGUGAGGAAUGAAGUAGCUGCGAUUCUCACUUAGUGUACCAGGAUGUCGUUCAUUUGCAAAGUGACAUGAGAAACAGGCCAAUGUUUCAGCUGAAAAUUCAUUUUAUUUAAAAACAGCUCCUUAAUUAAUGUGAUGUUUUAAUACACUGCUUCCACACAAGCACUGCAUAUUCUGGGGCAUGUAAAAGUUGUUUCCAUGUGCUAAAAGUAUGUAGAAUAGUUUUCAGAUUUUUCUUUUUGUGUUUUUAGUUUCUCAAAAAUACAUAAGGAAAAGAUAAAACCAAUUGUUGGUCAAUGUACUGAACUGACUGAAUGGGAUCAGCAUCAGAGCAUGGAAUACUCUGAACUGGGAGAUAUGAAUGAUGAGAGACUUUCUUUAGUUCCUCUUCAGGAAGAAUCCAGCUGUACUAGUGAUGUAUCAACUGAUGUUUCCAUUGAAAGUAAAGGUAUAAUGGAGAAACUAAGACUGUUAUUAAAUAGCUAAGCUAGUAAAAGAAUUCUGAAAUGGUUAAGAAUUGCAAUUUUCCCCUUCUCCAAUUUCUUAUGCACAUCUUGCAAGUGUGCAGAGAUUAUAUAAGGAAAAUCAGAUUUUUCACUUGAAAAUGUAUGUUAUUGUGUGACAUGUUACGUAUACACACACAUACAUGCACACACAAAUUGCAACUGAGAUGUAAUUUGAGACACAUUUGGGGAAGGAAGGACUACAUUUGGGGAAGGAAGGACUAAAUUCAGCUCGUUUUACUGCAGUUACCAAGUUAUUUUCUCUUGACAGAGAUGGAUGCCAUUCACUCAUGAGCAACAGAGAAUAUUAUGAAGAACAAAGAAUAUUAAGCGGAAACUGGCAAUAAGUUUCAGUAAUCAUAUAUCCUGGGCUUCUAAUUAAUACAGUGGUUAUGUAAUUAAUUAUAUUGGUUAUCUGUUCCAGGUGAAAAUGAAAAGUCUGAAAUUCUUCCUGUUUCUACCCGUUUAAGUUGCCAUAAAAGAACAUGCAUGAAAUUUCAAGCUGGUUACGAUCAUAAAACUAUCAGAGAGAAAAAACCUCCCUGUUACGAUAAAACUGGUGUGUAUAUUGAAAGCCAAAUGCUGUUGCCACAUGCACUCUUGAAGUCAGUACUUCUGCAUUUGUUUUAUCCAUGGGUGAUUUUUGUCUGUGAUGUAGCCAAUGAAAAAAAAAUUACCCCAGACAAAAUAAUGCAUUUAAGCAAAGUAAUUUAUGUAUAAUACAGUAUAAUUCACUGAAAAGACAUCUAAAUGUGACACAUGCACUUUUCAUCUCUCAUAGUGACCCACUUUAGAAUGAAUAAAACACAUCUAAAAUCAUCAUAAUUGAAAGUGUAAUAAAACAGUUAAUGCUGCAGUGCAGAAUAAUCCUAAACUCAGAACAAUUUUGUAAGGCAUCUAAACAAAACCUUCAAAAGCUUGGAAGAGAGAGGAAAAAAAUCACCAAAGAAGAUGUCUCAUCAGCAUUUUGGUUAUCUGUGUCUCCAGGGGGAGGGAAUUCCUGCUUCAACCACUGUUUGGCAGGGAAGAAAUGCAGGGGAUUUUGAGAGGGUUGGCAAGAAGAUUUGGGUCUGAGGAAAGAUGUCAAGGAAGGAAGAAUUACUUUUCUGAGCCCUGGAGUGGUUCAGAAAAAUCUGGGUUCUUCUGUUUCCUCCCCAGAAGAACUCAGAUAAUUUUCAAGCUAAUUGAAUGCAAAUUAGGGUGAGUUCACCUGUCUUUAAAUAUAAUGAUUUCUGCUUUGAUUUAAGCCAGCAUCCACAUUAAAAAGGACUAGCAUGUUUCAAACUGGGAAUGUCUGUUUUGCAGAAGCGACUUGCCUCAAACCAGAAAUUACUGUUUAUGUAAUAGAAGCACCCGAUGACACCCCAUGCCAAACAAGACACACCUCUUAAUGGACUUAAAUUAGUCAUACACAUUGAUUUCAGUAGGUCUACAGUGUGAUUAAGUUAGAUCAGGGGUUGUCAACCUGGUCCCUACCCCCACUAGUGGGCGUUUCAGGAUUCUAGGUGGGCGGUGGUAGGGGGUUCUACGGCACAAGCUGAAUCCUCCUUCCAUCAAGCACUGGUGGGAGGUAAGGAAAUUUUACCAUCAAGAAAGAUCCAUUAGUGGGCGGUAGGUAAAAAAGGUUGACUACCCCUGAGUUAGAUGUAUCCUUUGUGUGCAUACUGUAAAUAACUUACACAGACUGACAAAGCUUAAUACGUAGUCAUAGUUCUAUCACUUUAUAAUGUCAUAAUUUUAGAAUGGCAUGUGGAUUUUUACACAUACAAAGGCUUAAUCUUUGUAUUUUUAAUCUUUUGUUGGAAGUCGCCCAGAGUGGCUGGGGAAACCCAGCCAGAUGUGCAGGAUUAUAUGAUGAUGAUGUUAUUACUGCUUUAACCAAAAUUACAGGGUUUUUUGGAACAUUUAUAAUGUUUAUACACAAAAUAAUACUCACUACAUUCUUUUCUCUUCCAGAACCCAUUAUUGACGAUGUAGUAUCUCAUAUUUUGAGAUUGAGAGAUAGACUUGGGUGGGAGACAUCAUUACCACGACGUGGAUUUGUAGCUAAACCGGCAAAUUUAGCUAAUUUUCAGAAGAUUACGUUGCCGGUAUUUACCUUUUCAGUUCAAGUCGGUUUGUUUAAUUUAUGUAUUUAGGAUUCAGUUUGGAACCUGUUGAAGUUAAUGAAAAUUUGUCUUUGAUUUUGAUGGUUCUGUAUUGUGGUUGUGCGACAAAAUCCUAGCAAAAAAAGAAGAAGUGAUGCCUUGGGUUCUGGUUUUCAUUAGAUAGGCCGGCAUGGAAGAAAGGUAACUCUAGCUAGUAUUUGGUAGAUGGAUAACUUUUACAUAUUAUGUCUUUCGCUUUCUAUUGCACCGUAACUUAAGGACUUGGGUGGUAUAAUUAAAUAUUUUAAAUCUUCCUUCUGCAUUUGCUUCUUAAAUGUUCUGCAGUAUUGACUACAGUAUUGACUAAUGAUUAUAGAUAGAUAGACAGACAGAUAGAUAGAUGAAUAGAUAAAUCCAUAUGCUGUCUUAUUAAAUGAAAGAUUUCCUGUUUAGAGCUACGAUUUUUGUUCUUGCACAACACCAGCUCUACUUCCUAGGCUAUUGUUUCUGGCAGUCUGAUUUGGACUAACAGCACUCAAAAUGAGAACUAUCCACCUUAAUGUUUGUAUUGUGAAUUGCUGGUGCUUCAUAAUUAAUAAUUAUUAAGAUUCUUAAGAGCUUUUCUGUUUAUUUCCAAAGCCCAAAGUUUGUGAAUUCACACAUUGUCCAGCUACAUUGAUUUUAAUAAGACUUAUGUGUCUUUACAAUCUCAGCUUAAUCAGUGUUUCUCAAAUUUGGGUCCUAACUGCUGUUAGAUUCCCAUCAGCUCUAACUAGCUGGGCCCAGUGGUCUGGGAUGAUAGGAGUUACAGUCCAACAACAGCUGGGGAGCCAAGUUUCAGAAACACUUGUUAAGUUCUUCAUUAAUUCAUUCUGAUUUUCUGUUAUCAGAAAGGUGCAUUACAGAAAGAUGAUGGAGAGUUUGUAUAUUGUCUCAUAAGAAGUAGAAAUGACCCUAAAGCAGACUAUGAUCCAUAUGACCUCCAAGUAGUCUCUCCAAGUAUGGCCAAACAAAGUAAAGAAUAUUGGACUGUUACAGCUUCAUAUGUAUCCAAGGUAAGCAACAGGGAAAAGCCUGCAUAAAAAUGGCUUUUCAGUUCUCUGCCUUGUUUACUGGGCUCUAAGAAAUGCUGUCACAGACUUCACAGGCCUUGUGAGAUGUCACAAGAUCUCUGACAGUUCUGCAAGAUCUUGUGCCAGCUCCAAAAGGUAAGGUUGCUCAUGCAGAGGCAGUUCCAGGAGGUUGUUUUGACAUUGUGUGAUUUACGGGCUAUUCUCCCCCCACCGAACAUAACCCCGCACAAGAAGCGAUCCCACUGUAUAUCAAUGAGAAAUCCUCUCCACUUCCCAGUGGGGAGGAGUUGCAGUGGACCACGUGGCCACCCACUCCCCACCGGGGGCAGGGGACUUUGUCCCCCGUUGCCUGGGGGAUCCCGGCCACAUCAGAGCCCGGCCAGCCAAUCUGCUGGCCGGGGGGGCGGUGUGGCCGGAGCCGUUUAAACGGAGGAGCGAGCCAGAGGACUUCUUCUUUGGCUCGCUUCCUCAAUUACCCUCCCUCCCUCCCUAUUUUGCAGGUUAGGCAAUGGCCUUGCUAUGGACUUUGGUUGGUGCCUUGGUUGUCCGAGGGGCUUGGUAGGAAUUUUUCCACUUGGCAAAUUGGCACUGGCCACUUGGUUUUCACCUACCUCGUAGCAAUCGUCACAACUUUGUUAGGGUUGUGGUUAGGCAUUGUUUGACCUUGUGUGGGGGGAGGGAGGUGUGGCCAUCACCUGCCCCUCCACGCUUAAGGGUAUUCCGUUAAAGGAAUCCGGGGGUGUAGAUCUAGUCUGAAGCCCGGCUGGGGGCUAGGGCCUUGACACGACCCCGACGGGAACACCAGGGGGAGCUUGAGUUGGUUCGCAUCGACAGGGCUCCCCCUACCGGUGGCUUACCCUUACUGGACUUCCUGCACAAUGGGCAGGAGUCAGAUAUAGUCAGGUCCAAUCAAGACCUAAGCCAAUACCGCUCACAUUCUGUUAUUUCAAUAAAGUUGUGGCCAGAAUUUUGCCCAAUAACAUAAAUCUAAUAUCUGUGUCCUUGUGUGAGCUAUUUCCAACGAGGGGGUGGCUGCAGGGUCUCAACACGCAAUUCCUGAUUCCCUGUUUUCUAACAAUAGCAACGAUUAAAAGGCAUCCUCUCACUAUCCUAAAUUAGGUUUCUGACACAAAGAAAGCUUGGGAGGAAACCUGGAGUAGACUUUUCUCCUGAGUUGAGUAUGUUUUCAGAGGCACCUUGUCCUUAAUUCUUGGUGUAUGUUGGCUCACCUGGGCCACAGUAAAAAAAAAAAAAGUAAAUUCCAUAAAUUUAAAAUCAGACAAUCUGCUGUUCUACACAAAGUGUGCCUUCCAAAGCAAAGGGUCUAACUGGAAUUGCUUGUGUACUGACGGCUGGAUCUCCAAACUGAGUGGAGUGACAUAAUUGUGAGAUUAUCUAAAAUCAAAUGUUUCUGAAUUCUAGAAUCAAUGGUCAGGUUUUCAGGCAAAAUGAUUGAAUUCCUGUGUGCGACAUUCUUAUUUUUUUCAUUAAGUAAAUGUAAAAAACAUAAAUAGUGGUAAGUAAUGUGUUUAUAGGGUGCUGGUUAGUUAUAAAAGAACACAUCUAUAGAGGUAAGAAGGGAGAAACUUCACAGUUUAAAAUAAGCGGAAACAGUUAAAUCUUUGAACUCCUGAAAGUAGUUUUGCUUCAUUUUUCUAGUUUACUUCAGUGUGUGGAAAAGAAGAAAUGGAAAUAAUACCAGUAAUCGAGUGGUUGUGUGAAAGACAAAUUUAUUAUGCAUUACGAAGUAUCGAUAUAUGUUUUAAUUUCAGGUAAGAGAGAUUGUAUUAUAUUUUCAGUACAUUAUAGGCUGAACCCUGGAGUGCUGUUCCUCUUACAGAAGGGCUUUUUCUGUUACAACACAAUAUCUUUGCAUGAGAAGGGAGAAUAGGAAUUGAAUGUUGUUCUUCAGUUUGCACAAAUCUCUUGCACAAGGUUACAGUCUUUUCCACAAGUUCUCAAGAUGUGUGCCUGCAAAAGGUGUUGACUACGCACAUUGCACAUCAGAGGAAUCCUUGGGCCUGGGCAGACAUUGCCAAGGUUACAGGGAGGGGGCAGGCUGUGCACAGAGGGGAUAUACACAAUCUUCCAUGCGGACAUUUCCCUAUGCCAAUUUACAAGGCCCAUUCACAGUAAGUAACCAAUGUUAGUAGAGUAUUUGCUCAUAUUCAUUCUUCCCAUUGUUUCUACUAUUCCUCUCUAGUAUCUACUGUCUCUCUCACUGCGGAAUUUGCAAGUUCCUUGGGAGAGAUACCAGGGGGUUUUUUUGGGUUCUUUUGUGUAUGCUAUUAAGUUCACAAUGCUGCUGCUACUGGAGUUGAGACCUUUGAGUAGGGUCUGAUAUUAAAUAUUUACGUAUUUCCUUUUUGUGACAAAAUUGAAGUAAACAUGUGGCUCUAUUAUCUUUUUGUUGUGCAAUCUUCCAGAUCUCUUUCUCUACUUUUUUCUUUCUAGAAAGAGGAAAUACUUUAUCACCUGGAAAAGCAAUGCUAAGAGAUCAAAAAUAGAGAACAGCAAGUAAGUGUGAACAAAAUAUAUUAGUGUAGACAGUUUGUGAAACUAAGGCAGCCCUGUUUAGGGAAGUUUUUAAUGUUUGAUGUUUUAUCGCUUAUUAUUAUUAUUAUUAUUAUUAUUAUUAAUUGAUAUUCUCUUGGGAGCUGCCCAGAGUGGCUGGGGAAACUCAGCCAAAUGGGUGGAGUAGAAAUAAAUUAUUAUUAUUAUUACCUAUCAUUUCUGAAAUAUAGUUAGCAAAUAAGCUGUGCAGUGGUUUUCAUUUUCUAUUACUAUAUUAGGUAAGUCAGAAGUUCAGAUUUUUACAAAGUGUGUAGUGGCCCAUUAUGGUUUACAGUGGUGGGAUAGGAACAGACAAGUGUACAUUACACCCCUGAUGGAUGUAGUUAGAUGGAUUUUCUUAGUGUGCCCUUGGAAUAAUGGGUGAGACUUGUCUCGUCCGUGAAUCACAAACAGAUGCAUCUGAUUGUGGCUGUGGCCACUGAAACAGAGUCAGAUGAAACUGUAUGGCCCUGAAUCCUAUCCCCAGUAGGGCCGUGGCUGCCAAUGACUGCAGCCAUUUUUCGGAGUUCCUCAGAACCUUCUUUAUGUGAUUUUAAAUACAGAAACUUUUUAUUAACUGGUGUCAUUCCCCAGCCAUAAAGAAAUAAUGAAGAAAUGGAGGAAAAUAAGUAAAGGAUUAAAAGUAACAUUGAGAAAAUGAACAGGGUCUACCUUCAUAGGAUGACAUAUAUAGUCAGAGAUAUAAAUUCCAAAUUGGAGGGGAAAGAGGGACACUAUAAAGGUUAUAUUAGUGUGUGUUUGUGUGUGUGUGUGUUUGUACACACACAUUCAUUCAUCCACUGCACGCACACAAUUUUGGAGAAUUUCCAUGGCAUCCCUGUUAUGUCACUUAACAUUUAUUACUGUGAACUGAGAAUCUGUAUGGGUUUUAUACUUAGAACUGGUUUUCUUUUUGGCAGAAUGCUGUUGUAUAAACGUUUGUUUCUGGCUGAUGAGAUAUUACAAAAAUGCUUGCUUUAUAUUCAAGCAUUGUGUGAGGACGUGAGUAACACUGAGAAGCACAAAUUGUCAGAAGAUAAAACUAUCAGUUUCAUAAAGGUGAGAAGAAAAAUAUUUUCAGUGGAUAGAAAAAGUGUAGGAAAAAUAUUUCCACAACUUUAAAUAUAAUUACUUAUACAGAAAUAUUUACUGUUGGAAGCCAGUGAAAAUCUGGAAACCAAUUAAAAUGUAAUAUAAUAAAAUGAAUGCAUUAAUGUAUGGUUUCCAUUUCUCAAGAUUUCAUCUGAUAAAUGAUGAGGGCAUUAUGACCUAUCAGUGUGAGAAACAAGAGAAUCAGAUCAAAUGUAUUAGUUUGGUUCUGGUUUAUGUUCAGUUUUAACUAAAGUUCUGGUUUAGGUCUGGUUCAGGUUCAAGGUCCUUAAGUCUGGGAUUUGGCUUGUAACAACUGAAUCAAUUGCAUCAGAUCAGUUUCACAGUAUGUUGCAUAUAUGAUAAAGUGAUUAAUAUCAUGCUGAUCUAUGUAAUUCCUAAUACAUUAUUUUAAAAUAUAAUAUUUAUCUAUUUAUUGAAAGAUUUAAAUGUGUUUUCUUUUUACGAUAAAGACUCCAUACUUGCUUCCCUGCUUCCCAGUGAUAGUUUGGUGAUUCACAGACAUGUAAUAUUAAGCCAAUUUUGCAGACAGCAGCUUUCGUUAAUCACCACUUAAUUACAUCUGUUGACAGCGCCUCGACAGAUGCAAAUAACCAGCCACGACACUCCCCUGGAAGUCUGAUAAUUGAUUCAAUUCUCAUACCCUGUAUAUUUAUUGCUAUGUUUUGUGGUCCAUUAUUGUGGGAAGUUAAGCAGAGAACUGCUGGUUUAAAAGAAGGAGUGCUAUCAAAGUUGAUUGCUGUGUUUACAUAAAGAUGAACAGAAUUUCACAGAUUUUUAACUUUUCUCUUUUUGCAUUUUAGUGCUGAUGCUAUGUCAUUUCUUGCUUUUGCCCUUAAGGAUUAAUGAGGUGGUUCAAUGGACACAGGAUCUUGCAUUAGAUUUAGGGCAUUUUUGGGUUAUUCUAUAUAUAUCCCCCCCUUUUUUUUCUUAGAUAGACAUAUCCCACACAUACACUUUGGAUGAAUUUUGUGAGGAACAAUACAAACAAAGUCAACAGGCACUCACUCAGCUACAAGAUUUUAAAGAUAAAGUAAUCAAAGUAAUCCGGACCUCUUUCUUAAAGGCAAGUUCUCUUUUUUUGUACUUUAAUUCUGAAUAUUUUAAUUCUUGUAUAUCACUUCAACUAUAUUUAUUUUUUCCCCUCUAAUAGCAAGAAAGAGGGCAUGCUUUUGGAGUUUCUUUGUAUUUUUCAAGUCUUAAUGUGUAUUUUAUUCAUUUUUUUAAGUGAAAUGGAAUUGUUAGAUGGAGAAAGGCUGUAGUUUAGUGGCAAAGUACAUGAUGUGCUUUUAAAAGGUCCCCAGAUUCAAUACCAGGCAUCGCUAGAUAGAGAGCUGCUGCCAGCCAGUGUAGAUAAUACUGAGUAAAUGUAUCACUGGUAAGGUAUUAAACUCCUCUUUAUGGAAGGGAGUCGCCUCAGACUCCUUAAAAGAAAUAGAAGCAUGACUACUGAAAAAAAUCAUUCUUAAUCCAGAAGACUUGAACAAUUAAAGGCUAGUGGGAAAUGGGCAAGGUGCUCAAGUUAUCAUCGGCAUUCUUGGAGAAUGCUAAUUUUCUUAUUUCAAUUGGUGCUGAGCUCUGAUCUUUUAAUCUUUUUAAACAUGUUAAUAUUAUUUGACUAUCUGUUCAUUUCAGUCCCCAUUUCAUUCUGUUGUUGAAUACUUUAGCUUGCAUGGUGAGUUUUUGAAAUUCGUGAUUGAGCUAAAUGGUUCUUAAAGCAGUGUUAUGUACUGAAGUUCUCACCCUGGGCCAGCAGGGGGAUACUGUAGAUAGUUAUGCAAAUGAAGGAUCGAAAAGUGACGUUCAGUGAUUGGAUAGUUUUGUAUGCAAAUGAAGGAUCGAAAAGUGACGUUCAGUGAUUGGAUAGUUUUAGAAAAUGGCAACAGUUACAAUUGUUCUGUAGCUCUAUAUAAGCAGACUGACUGAGCUCCUCAGUUAGUUCUGUUCCAGCUUACAAAAUAAAGAGCUGCUUUGGAGAAAUCGCUGUGUCGUCUGCUAUGUCAACCCACAACUUAACACUGGGGACGAAGGUGGGAUCGGUGGACAUCAGAGCACAGCCAGAUGCGGCCAUCAUCUGAACUGAGCUGAAUCACAGAGCGAAAUCACUGAGCGAAAUCACUGGACAGAACCAAUUCAGAGCUGACUGUUCUGGCUAGAGCACUGUGUUCCAUCCAUCGCCCUUCACGCCGGCAUCGGAAUCAUGGCUUCACUUGUGCCUCUACCGCCGUUUGCGCCAGCCUCUGAAUCAUGGGACUCCUACCUCGCUCGGUUCGACUGCUACCUCCAAGCCAACGAGCUGACAGCAGUAUCAAAGGAACGGAAGCGGGGCCUAUUCCUCAGCCUCUGUGGGCCUGAGGUGUUUGAGACGGCCCGAGCAUUGGUUGCGCCUGAAGCAGUCCAGGCAACACCAUGGGACACGAUCCAAGAGAAGCUCCGCAACCACUACGCGCCAAAGCCGUCCAAGAUUGCUGCCCACCAUGCGUUUUACCACCGGAACCAGGCGGAGGGGGUCAAUCAACAACUACACCACUGCCCUCAGACAGGCUGCAAUGCACUGCGAGUUCCGAGACUUAGACGAUGCCCUGAUGGAUCGAAUCGUCUGCGGGGUCCGGGACAUCCAUCUGCAACGGCGUCUCCUCGCCAAGCCAGACCUCACGCUACAGAAAGCCAUUGAGGAGGCUGUGGCCUCAGAAGCUGCUGAACGCUCCGCCCAGGAGAUCCGCAAGUCCAGCAGCCCGCGUCUUGCUAGGAAGCCAGUUCCAGUGCAUCACGAAGAGGCCAGCAGUGAUGAGGCAUCCUCCAGUGAAGACGAUGACGUGCACCAGACAAAGCGGGAGCGCAGGAAGUUCCAACAGAAGUCCAAGGGCCAACCGGAAUGUGCCGGCUGCGGAGGCAACCAUUCCCGUGCCAAGUGUCGAUUCAGAGACGCCAUCUGUCGGAAGUGUUCCAGAAGGGGCCACAUCGCUAAGGUCUGCCGAUCGGCUCCGUCUGACACCCCCCCUUCACCGACUCGCAAGUCCAAGUCUUCACUCCAGUCUGCCAAGGAAAGCUGUUUCGCUCUCACCAACUGCCGCUGCCCGUCUGGAACCACGAUUGGCCAAACUGACUCGCCUACGCGACGCAAGCUGAACGUCACGGUGCUCAUUGAAGGAGCUCCAUGUGACAUGGAGAUCGACACCGGGUCUGCCCUGUCCAUCGUGUCUUGGAGCACCAUCAAAAGACUGGUACCCAGAGUGUCCAAAAGGCAACUCGACUCUCACCGCGUACACCUGAGAGACUACCAGGGAAACGACAUUCCCGUGGUAGGCGUUGGCCGGUUCCGGAUCGCCUUCAAGGAUUUUUCGGGCCUGCUCCGGCUGGUGGUGGUCGAAGGUCAGCGGCCAAGCCUCCUAGGGCUAGACUGGUUUGAUGCCCUCGGCCUGGAAGUCACCGGCAUCAACUGCAUCUCUAACGCAGAGACUGAGGGUCUGGUCAAAGACUUUGCCGAGGUUUUUGACGGCACUUUGGGGCAAUAUACAGGUACGCCCAUCUCCUUUAGCCUUGAUCCACAAGUCGCCCCCAUCAAGCUAAAGCCACGCCGGGUUCCCUUUGCUCUCAAGGCUAAGGUGGACGAACAACUGGACAAGCUGAUCGCCCAAGGAGUUUUGGAGCCGGUUGACCACGCCAAGUGGGAAACCCCCAUCGUCACGCCUGUCAAGCCAGACGGGUCGGUGAGAAUCUGCGCUGACUACAAGUGCACGAUCAACAAGGCACUUCAGCAGCACGCUUAUCCGGUUCCUGUUGUCCAACACCUGCUGCAUUCCCUGGGUGAGGGUAAGGUCUUCGCUAAGCUGGACCUUGCCCAAGCCUAUCAACAACUGCCCGUCGAUGAUGCCACUGCUGAAGCCCAGACGAUCGUCACCCACCGAGGGGCAUUCCGUUGCCGCCGGUUGCAGUUCGGGGUGAGUGUGGCUCCUGGCAUCUUCCAAAGCCUUAUGGAGCGUCUCCUGCAAGGGCUUCCGGGCGUGGUACCAUAUUUUGAUGACGUCUUGGUGUCCGCAGACUCACACCAGCAGCUGUUCGAGCGCCUCCGUGCCGUGCUGACCAGGUUCCAAGAGGCCGGGCUCAAGGUAAAGAGGGAGAAGUGCCAGAUCGCCGUUCCACAGGUAGAGUUCCUGGGCUAUCUUAUCGACGCCUCCGGCCUUCACCCGACCACAUCCAAGAUCCGCGCUAUCCAGCAGGCCCCCAUCCCAAAGAACAAGACGGAGUUGCAGGCGUUCCUGGGGCUGCUGAACUUUUAUAACAUGUUCCUGCCCCACAAAGCCACGGUGGCUGAGCCUCUUCACCGACUCCUCAGCACAAAGACGCCUUGGUCCUGGGGUCAUCGGGAGACGGCGGCCUUCAACGCGGUCAAGGCUCUCCUUUCAUCGGACAGUGUGCUGGUACAGUACAGUGAAUCCAGGCCGCUGGUCCUUGCCUGCGACGCCUCACCUUUUGGCAUCGGCGCUGUCCUUAGUCACCGUUUUCCAGACGGAAGAGAAGCACCGCUCGCCUACUUUUCCAGGACGCUAUCUCCGACGGAACGGAAUUACAGCCAGCUCGACAAGGAGGCACUGGCACUUGUGGCUGGAGUGAAGAGGUUCCAUGAAUACCUCUAUGGCAGGACUUUUGACCUCAUCACUGACCACAAGCCGCUCCUGGGCCUCCUCGCCGGUGAUCGUCCAACUCCACCGGUCCUCUCGCCGCGCAUGCUGCGAUGGACUGUUUUCCUGGCUGCCUACCACUACCGGCUCGUCCAUCGCCCGGGGAAAUCGAUGGGCCAUGCCGACGCCCUCAGCCGUUGCCCUCUUCCAGCGUUUGUGGAAGACCCGGCUCCAGCUUCAUCGCUCCUCCUGAUUGAGGAUCUUCCGGCAGCGCCUGUAUCGGCUGCCACUGUGGCCUCCGCAUCUGCCCAGGAUCGCACCAUCAGCCGUGUGCUCAACUGGGUGGGGAGGGGUGGCCACAAGGGCCUUUUGCAUCGGAGUUCCAGCCCUUCGCAACCAGACAACAUGAACUCUCGGCUCAUCGCGGCUGUCUGCUGUGGGGAGACCGCGUCGUGAUUCCCCAAAGACUCCGUCAACGCGUCCUGGAGGCUCUGCACGUUGGCCACCCGGGAAUUGUCAAAAUGAAGGCGUUGGCUCGGUGUUACGUCUGGUGGCCUAACAUGGACGAUGCCAUCACUGCCUGGGUGUCCGCCUGUCAAGCGUGCCAAGAAUCGAGGCCUGCACCACCGGCAGCUAAGGGACACACCUGGGAGACGCCAAAGACACCCUGGUCGAGGGUGCACAUCGAUCUGGCCGGCCCCUUUCACGGCCGGACCUUUAUGGUAGUGGUGGACGCCUAUUCCAAAUGGCUGGAGGUGGCCCUGAUGCCCUCCACCACUACCGAGGCCGUCAUCCGGGUGCUGCGAGGCCUGUUUGCGACGCAUGGGUGUCCUGAUGUCCUUGUCUCCGACAACGGACCGCAGUUCACGUCAGGCACUUUUGAGCGGUAUCUUUUGGGACUGGGCAUCCGCCAUGCCCUAACGGCACCAUUUCAUCCAUCCAGCAACGGGCAAGCGGAGAGAAUGGUGCGCUCGGCAAAAGAGGCACUGGCGCGCCUGGACCGGGGAGACUGGCACGAGCGGGUCGCCGAAUACUUGUUCGUGCAACACAUCACCCCUCAUGCGGCCACAGGGCGGAGUCCUGCUGAACUGCUUAUGGGCCGCCGCCUCAGGUCACCGCUCGACCGGCUGCACCCAGACUUUGCCGUGGCCGAACCCCCAGGCUGUGCCAAUGUGCCAUGGUCAUUUGUUCCAGGAAACCAGGUCUUUGCCCGGAACUAUGUGGGGGACAUUCCUUGGGUGCCAGCCACAGUAGUGGGAGUCACUGGACCUCGCUCGUACCAGGUGGCACUCGAAGACGGACGCUUGUGGCGCCGGCACAUAGACCAGCUUAGGCGCAGGGUUGGGGACUUGGACACUACCGUGGUGCCCCCAACUGCGCUCGUGGCUCCAGAAGAGACACUUACAGAUGGCGAGGCUCCACCUACACCUCCCUCGCAAACUGCCAGCGUGGAGCCGAACCAAGCCACUUCAGAGGGUCUGCCAGACUUACCACAGGCUCAGACCACUCCACUUGCGGAGGCUCCACCCACAGCAGCGGAUCCAGGGGAUUUGGUUUCAACGCCACCUAGGGUCGCACCACAGCCUCAGCAAGAAUUGUGUGGCCCCCCGGACUUGGCUACCAGUCCCCGGCGGUCUGGCAGAGUUUCCAAGCGCCCAACUUAUUUAAAGGACUAUGUUGUUGGACAUGUAUCACUGUUGGUCUAA